CUGUAUACUGUUACUAUUCAGGAGGAAUCCAUUCCCGAAGAAGCCGCAUCCGCUAUACGGUUAGCUGCUGGAAAAGCACAGUUACUUGUGCGCAAAAAAUUGUCUAAAUUCGAUGAACUGGUGAAGAAGAACUUGAAUCCAGUCGAAGGUGAUCAUCAGCCGGCUACUGUAGAUGAUUUAGAAGGGUACUGGGCCUUGGUCGAAAUUGAGCUCAAUGAUAUUGACGAGUGCUUUCAAAAG